AUGGCCGCGUCACAUGCUUGUAACAGCUGCAAGCCCCACUCCAGGGUCUUCUCGCCAACGCUCUUGGCUAUUGCUCUGUCUUCUGAACCACAAACGCUUACACACAUUUGCGACACCAUGGGCAAAUUCUACGAUCACAUCCCCGAGAGUUUGCACGGCUUUCUGCUGCGGCAACACCUCUUCUUCGUUGCGACCGCGCCGCUGCAAGGUGGUUCGGUCAAUGUCUCGCCCAAAGCCAACGAGGGAGCGUUCCAGAUAGUCGACUCGCACCGUGUACGCUACGCUGACCUGACAGGUUCGGGCAAUGAGACCAUCAGCCACCUCCUUCAGCCGGACAAUGGACGCAUCACGCUCGCCUUUAUCAACAUCGAAGAAGGUGCACCCAACAUUGUGCGAGUGUACGGCAAGGGGACCGUGUUUGAGCGCGCCAUCGACGCCGAGUUUGACAGCAAGUGGCAGGCCGAGCAUGGAGGUAAGCCAGUACCCAUCGGUCUGCGAGCCAUCAUCGAUGUGGCGGUGCACACGUGUGCAACAUCCUGCGGGUACAGCAUGCCCAUCUUCCACUUCCAACGCAAGCGCAGCGUCUUGGACGAGUACAUGGACAAGCUCGAUCGACCUGGCGGGAUCGAGGCGUUGCACAAGCAGAAGAAGGUCACCUACCCACCCGUCGAUGCCGAGGGCGUCGUUGUCGAAAAGGGACACGGCCAGGACGGUCAGCAGGUGAGAAAGAUGGCUUCGGCCUUGGAGCUUUACUGGGCGGUGUGCAAUACUUUGUCGGUGGAUGGUCUGCCUGGUAUGCGGUCUGUGGCACCGCUGACCAAUGUGGAAGAAAAGCAGAGGCUCUUGGCGCUGGCCAAAGAGCAUGAUGCUCUGCAACCCCCGCAGGAUGACUUGGGCCCGAUCAUAAGCCAUGCCGAGGCCGUCUCAAAAGACAACCUCAAACAAUCCACGGCAGCACAAGCUACAGCCGUGGUGCAACCGGUCAACGUGUUGCACCUCUCGGCGGCCUUUGCAGCCGGCUGCAUCUUGACCUUCGCUUUGCUCAAUGUUCAAAUGCCCACCGUGGUAAUAUGA